AACAACACGGCUACUGAUUCAGCCAUCUCUGUACCGUUAGCUUGUUAGCCAACAUAAAACCUACCCAUUGCAUCACUUUGGACCUUUUUUUUGUAUAGCUACACGGAUAUUAGUGUUUUAAACGCAAUUCUGAUAACGUAUGUACUAGUUGAUUUAAACGGAAUUUGCAAUUUAAGAUUGAUACUGAGCCUAGCACUAGGGCAGUCGCUCAUGCUAACGUUAGCUAGCUUACAUCCCCGAUAAUGAGCUCACAAAGCUUAUCCCCCGCUGUUAAAAAAGAUGUCUGCUGGACAGAGAAAGAACCUCCGGGGCUGAACAUUGUCGUGAAAGAAGAAGAGGGGGAUACAGUAAAAGGAGAGGAAGAAUCUUUCAGAACGAUGAAGGAGAAAGAGGAGGCUAUCACAUUGAAAGAAGAAGAGGGGGUUGUUAUGGUGAAUGAAGAGAAACGUCCUUUUGUAGUGAAAGAGGAAGUAGACGAAUUCAGAAUGAAAGAGGAGACUAUCACAUUGAAAGAAGAAGAAGAAGAAUAUUGUAUAGUGAAAGAGGAAGAGGAAGAGAUAGCUAUCUCAAUAAAGGAGGAGGAAGGAGAGGAGACUGAAGACACCAAACCAAGGCAAAAUGCUGUUUUCUGGCCCUCCCAGGGCUGUAUAGUGAAAGAGGACAUCAGAAAGAUACAGGAAGAAUAUAGUGUGGCACCUGUGAGUCCCAGCCAGACUGUUGAUGAUGAUGACAAUGCUAUUCACUACAAUGAAGAAUGGAACAUGGAGGACAAGGAUUGGUUUCCUAGCAACUGGCUGGAGGACACGUCUUUCCCGCCCCCCUCCCCUCUCCUGGAGCCCCCAGGUCGUGCCUCACUGUGGGGUCUGAAGAGGGUGUCUGUGCGGCUAGUCGAUUGCAUGAAAACACAGAGGCUGAGUGGAACUGCGAGAGGAGAUGGAAAGGGAGGUUCAGAUUCAAUGUCAUCAGGAGAGAGACUAAACUCUCACUCGAACAGCGGAAAGUGUACUUCAGGGGAACCAGACCCAGAGAUGCCCAAACCAGCAAGACAACACCGCUGCUCGCAGUGUGGAAAGAGUUUUACUAAGUUACGGAACCUAAAAGAUCACGAAAGAAUACACACAGGAGAAAAGCCUUACCACUGCUCACAAUGUGAAAAGAGUUUUACUCAGUCAGGGCACCUGAAAACACACGAGAGGACGCACACAGGAGAAAAGCCUUACCCCUGCUCCCAAUGUGGAAAGACUUAUACCCGGUUAGGGCACCUUAAAGACCAUAAGAGAACGCAUAAAGGGGAGAAGCCUUACCACUGCUUUCAGUGCGGAAAGAGUUUCACCCAGUCAGGGAACCUGAGAACGCAUGAGAGAAUACACACUGGGAAAAAACCCACACACUCUGUAGAGAGGCCUUUCCAAUGCGCUCAGUGUGGAAAGAAAUUUAUCCGGUCAACUCAUCUGAAAGAGCAUAAGAGAACACACACAGGAGAAAAAACAUUCCAAUGCACUCAGUGUGGAAAGGGUUUUACUUGGUUAUGGACCCUGAAAGACCAUGAAAGAACACACACAGGAGAUAAGCCUUUCCAAUGCUUCCUGUGUGGAAAAAGUUUUACCCAUUUAGGGAACUUAAAAAUGCACAAGAGAAUACACACAGGAGAGAAGCCUCACCACUGCUCCCAGUGUGGAAAGAGUUUUACCCAGUUAGGGCACCUGACAACACAUGAGAGGACACACACAGGAGAGAAGCCUUUCUACUGCUCCCUGUGUGGAAAGAGUUUUACUGAGUUAGGGAGCCUGAAAAAACAUAACAGAAUACACAAAGGAGAGAAGCCUUUCCAGUGCUCCCUGUGCGGAAAGAGUUUUACCCAGUUAGGGAGCCUGAAAACACAUGAGUGGACACACACAAAAGAGAAGCCUCACCUCUGCUCACAGUGUGGAAGGGGUUUUGUUGAGUUAAGGGGCCUGAAAGAGCAUGAGAGAAUACAUACAGGGGAAGAGAAAACAUACCACUGUUCUCAUUGUGGGAAGGGUUUCGGGCGAUCAGGGCAUCUAAAAGUGCAUGAAAGAACACACACUGGCGAGAAGCCGUAUCAGUGCUCCCAGUGUGAAAAGAAAUUUUUCUCAUCAGGGGACCGGAAAUCACAUGAGAGAACACACUUAGUAGAGAGGCAGAGGGCUUUCCAAUGCUCUCAGUGUGGGAAGAGAUUCAUCCAGUCAUCUCAUCUGAAAGAUCACAUGACAAUACACACGGGAGAAAAACCAUUCCAAUGUUCUCAGUGUGGAAAAGGUUUUACCAGGUUAAGGAGACUGAAAACACAUGAGAUGACACACACAAGAGAUAAAUAAUCCUUUCAAAUCCUCUUAGUGUGAAAAAGCUUUUACCCGGUUAGGACACCUUAAAAUACAUGAGAUGACAUGCAGGGUAGAAGCCUUUCCAUUGCUCCCAGUCUGGAAAGAGUUUUACCUAGUCAAGAUACUUGAAAAAAACAUGCGCUAACACAUUUUGCAGAGAAUCCUUGAAUAAAUCCACACUGCAGGAAAAUAUAUUUUUAUAUGAUUGAGUUAACUCAUUGAUCCUGCUUUGUUAUAUACCCCUCAGGUCUAAGUCUGCGAAAAGGAAAGCAGGCCCAGUCCUUGCCGUUCUGCCACCCUAGGCGAGAAAAUAAAUUGCCGCCAUCCUCCCCUCUCAUACUUCAGUAAAAGUAAAGAUACUGUACCUUAAUAGAAAAUGACUCAAGUAAAAGUGCAAGUCUCCCAGUAAAUUACUACUCGAGUAAAAGUAUUUGGUUUUAAAUAUACUUAAGAUUCAAAAGUAAAUGUAAUUGCAAAAAUAUACGUACAGUGCA